AUGACAGGAAUUGCCGAGUUUGUUGAACAUUAUACAAUCGAUGACAGAGAUCAAGUUGAUGUUCGUUUGCAGUUGCUAGAAAGUGCAUUUAGUGAAUUCAAAGAAGUGCGAAAUUUGAUAGAAGCUGAAAUGGAUGAAUUGGAAGAUGAAGACGAACCAGAACUAGACGAGAAGGAAGCAGACCGUUUGGCGAGAUUGGAAGCUGCUGAAGAAAGGAGGGAUGUAGAGAACGAUGAGAUUUUACGAGAUGCGGAGAAUUUAUAUUGCAGACUCAAGGGAUCGCUGCUAAAACAUCGUAUCAAGGACGAGAGUGUCGCCAGCCCUCCCGCUGUUACUGCCUCGGUUUCUGCAUAUUCGAAGAUCAAACUUCCAGAGAUUAAAUUACCUACCUUUUGUGGUAAACUUCGAGAUUGGGUCCCAUUUCGAGAUGCUUUCCGCAGCCUUAUCCAUCGGAACGAGAAGCUUACAGACAUGGACAGGUUUACGUACUUGCGAUCGUCUGUCUCCGGAGAAGCUCUUCAAGCGAUUUCAUCCAUUGAGCUGACAGCAGCCAACUACACCGUGGCUUGGACAUCUUUAGAAAGACGUUAUCAAAAUACUAAAUUGAUUGUCAAGGCGCACCUAGAAGCACUCUUUGGAGUUGCUGUUAUGAAGAGAGAGAAUUUCGAAUCCCUAAACCACGUUCUAAGUGAAUUUGAUAAGAAUCUGCAAAUGCUCGAAAAACUGGGACAAGAGACAGCUGGCUGGAGUACUAUCCUUGUUCACAUGCUCUGCGCGAGGUUGGAUCCUGUAACUCUUAGAUUAUGGGAAACACACCACAACUCCAAAGAGGUCCCAGCUUAUGAAGAUUUGAUUAGCUUUCUCAGAAAUCAUUGUGCAGUUCUCCAAUCUGUUGGACAUAACAUUCUCCCACCAAUAGCCGAUAACAAAAGGCCACGGUUUGGUGUGAGCCAUCCAUCAACAUCUGGACGUUGUAGCUUCUGUUCAGAACCGUCCCACUCAGCAUUCAUAUGCAAACGAUUCCAGAAUUUGAGUGUAUCAGAACGUUAUGAUACGGUACGUAAACAUGGUUUAUGUGUGAACUGUUUGUCAGGUGGACACCUGGCCCGCAACUGUACAAGAGGAAUGUGCCGUAAUUGCGGUAGGAGGCAUCACACGUUGCUUCAUCCGUCAAACGCUUCAGCGAACAGUGGAAAUGAAAAACAAAAGUCGAGACGACCCCCAACUGACAAUAAUCAGCAGACGUUGCAAACUCCGACUCAGAACACAGCCACAGCCACACCCACACCCACAAACACAAAUACACCAUCCACCAUCACCUUAACAGUUGUCAAUCCACAUUCGCAUAGCACUCACCCAAGGCCUGCCACUGGUCAACCCUUCUCCACCAAGCACACAGUCACACUUCAAGCCUCCAAUAAGUCAAUUACACGUCAAGUGCUGCUGUCAACUGCACUUGUGCGUGUUAGCGAUGCGUAUGGAAACACGAUUUUGGCCAGAGCAUUGCUCGAUUCGUGCUCCCAAUAUUGUUUUGUAACUACUAGCUUCUGUCGGAAGCUCAAAUUGAAGGAGUUUUCUGACUACUUGUCUAUCCAAGGAAUUGGAGGAUCGGGAGAUUUCGAAAUCUAUCAGUGGAAUGUACCGAACGAAAUCAUUUUGGCUGAUCCGGAUUUCAACAAAGCAGCAGAAAUCGACAUGAUAAUCGGUGCAGAGUACUAUCUCGAUCUGUUAUUGGACGGAAAAAGGAAACUCUGGAAACAAGGACCUACGCUACAAAAUACUGUUUUCGGAUGGAUCGUUUCCGGUCGACUUACCGAUUCGACAUCUGCUUUGUCAACAGCAGCUGUAUAUCUGUGUUCGACUACAGCUCUCCAGGACCAAGUGACCAAAUUUUGGGAAUUGGAAUCCUGUCAAGUGAAAAGUACAUAUUCGAUCGAAGAAACACGGUGUGAGGAAAUCUUUGAACAAACGACUACAAGAGACGAUACAGGGCGUUUCGUAGUGACCCUGCCGAAAAAAGAUUAUGUCAUCCAAAAGCUGGGUGACUCUAAAGCUUCAGCACUUCGACGCUUCAUGAGUUUAGAGAGGCGGUUCGCAACGAAUCCUGAAAUGAAGACCUUGUACUGUGAGUUUAUUCGGGAGUACCAGUACAUGGGUCACAUGCGAAAGGUUGACGAUCAAGCCGUGGCACCCGGACCAGUUUAUUAUCUGCCACACCAUGCCGUAUUAAAACCGGACAGCACGACGACUAAAUUACGUGUCGUUUUCGACGCCUCUUCUCGGACAUCCACUGGAAUCGCACUCAACGACGGUUUAAUGGUUGGUCCCGUUGUCCAAGAUGACCUUAUGUCUAUCAUAAUUCGUUUCCGGAUGUAUCGUUUGGCACUCGUAGCUGACAUAGCCAAGAUGUAUCGCAUGAUUAAUGUACAACAAUCUGAUCAAGGAUUGCAACGCAUCAUCUGGAGAGAAUCAGAAAAUGAUCCAAUUCAAACAUUUGAAUUGACAACCGUUACGUACGGGACCUCAGCAGCACCAUACCUUGCCACUCGCUGUUUGCGAAGGCUGGCAGAGGACGGAGACAAAUCGCAUCCUGUAGCUGCUAAGGUUCUUAAAAAGGAUUUUUAUGUGGAUGACAUGAUCACCGGUGUUAGUAGCGUGAAGGAAGGAAGGAGCUUGAUAAGGGAAAUGAACAAUUUGCUAGACAGCGCAGGAUUUAUUCUUCGAAAAUGGAAUUCGAAUUGUCAAGAGAUCUUGGCAGAUCUUCCAGCAGGCCUCCGAGAUCAUAGAGAUAUUCUCGAAUUAGAUUCAUCCACAUCCACUGUAAAAACUUUGGGGCUUGCGUGGGAACCAUGCACAGACUGUUUCCGCUUCGAAGUUCCGAGGUGGAACACAUCGGCCAUCGUUACCAAACGAGUUAUUUUGUCCGACGCAUCUAAACUCUUCGAUCCGCUUGGACUUGUCGGUCCUGUUAUAGUUCAAGCCAAAAUAUUUAUCCAAACGCUGUGGAAGCUAAAUUGCAAAUGGGAUGAACCACUUAUGAAGGAAUUUCAAGACUUUUGGCAAGAAUAUAGGCGAAACCUGAUCGCUCUCGAUUCUCCGACUGUGCCGCGAUGGGUUGGACCAUGCCAAGAUUGUGUAAGUGUCGAACUGCACGGCUUUUGUGAUGCCUCGGAAAGGGCGUAUGGAGCAUGCCUUUACCUUCGUUGCGUCUCAUCCGACGGAUCUGUUGCAGUACGCCUGCUAAUGUCAAAGUCAAGAGUCGCUCCACUUGAUGAACCAAGGCGAAACAAACGUAAGCAAUCAAUACCUCGACUGGAACUGUCAUCGGCGCUGUUACUCAGUCAUCUAUUCCAAAGGUUCAGAAGCAACAUCCCAACUACUACGAUGCCACAUUUCUGGACAGAUUCCAAAAUUGUCCAGUGCUGGUUAGCUUCGUCGCCAUCACGAUGGCAAGCCUUCGUUGGGAACAGGGUGUCUGAAAUACAGCAUAUCACAAGAUGCGGCGUUUGGCAUCAUGUACCUGGUACUGAAAACCCAGCAGAUAUUUUAUCCCGUGGAAUGACUCCGGCGCAGCUCCAGUAUCAGGCAAUCUGGUUCGAUGGUCCGCUAUGGAUGCGUCAAGAAACCCCUACAUGGCCUGUGAACGAUGAUGUCAACUUCGAACAGUUCGAAUCAGCCGUUUUAGAAGAACGUAGUGUAGUGUCAUUAGCUCUGCAAGCACAACCUCCAAGCGAAAUAUUUUCCUUAUAUUUAUCGUUCCCAAAACUCAUUCGCAUAGUUGCACUCAUUCGUCGGUUCCGAUAUAAUGCGACAGAAAUCAACAGAGGCAGUAGAAUGAUUGGGCUGAUCAGUACAGAGGAGUAUGAUAAGACUAUUAUUCAUUUAGUCCAACUGUCCCAGCGAGAAAGCUUCAGCCAGGAACUGCUCGAUUUGGCAAGAAAUGAUGAGGUUCGGGAGUCAUCAAAAAUCUGUUCGCUACGUCCAAGGUUAGUGGACGGCAUCAUGCGUGUUGGCGGCCGGCUGAGGGAUGCGCCUGUGUCAGAUAGUAGAAAACAUCCGAUGAUAAUUCACCACAAUCAUCCUCUUGCAAUGUUGAUACUCGCCCACUAUCACACGAAGCUAUACCAUGCUGGACAACAGCUACUCAUUGCGCGCGUUAGAGAACGAUACUGGCCAACGCGAAUUCGGGAUUUAGCUCGGAAAUUGAUACAUGGCUGCAUCUCGUGCUUUCGCGCAAGGCCACGACCUCUAGAUCAGUUAAUGGCGGACCUACCAGCAGAAAGAGUAACACCAGCACCACCUUUUCUUCAUGUCGGCGUGGACUACUGUGGACCGUUUUUAUUCACCUAUGCUAAUCGUCGGAGCAGCCCUAAGAAGUGUUUCGUGUCCAUAUUCGUCUGCCUAGUCACAAAAGCGGUACAUCUAGAACUGGUGCAAGAUUUGACUACAGAAGCGUUCUUAGCAGCGCUUAAGCGCUUUGUAGCCCGGCGAGGGCAUCCAACAGUCAUCAUGUGUGACAACGCGAAAAACUUUGUGGGAGCCAAUCGAGAGCUAGAUGAACUACGAAGGCUCUUUGAAGGUCAACAGUUUCAACACGUGAUAACGAGAGACACAGCCGUAGAACGGAUUGAAUUUAAGUUCAUCCCUGCUAGAACGCCCAACUUUGGUGGGCUAUGGGAAGCUGCCGUAAAGAGCUUCAAAACUGCAUUGAAGAAGACAGUCGGACCACGGACACUACAAUUCGACGAGUUUCAAACUGUUAUAACACAAGUAGAAGCAGUUUUGAACUCUAGACCGAUUACACCAAUAAGUAACGACCCGAACGACUUUGAAGCCUUGACUCCAGGGCAUUUUCUUGUACAACGUCCGUUGACUGCCAUAGCAGAGCCUAAUUUAGACAGUGUGCCCACAAAUCGCUUAUCUUCCUGGCAAAGGGCUCAACACUAUGUUCAGAUGCUGUGGGAGAAAUGGACAACACUCUACUUAUCUGAUUUACACAAUCGGACCAAAUGGACGAGACAACGGGAUAACAUUGCAGUUGGAACCAUGGUACUUCUGAUGGACGAACGUUUACCACCACUCAGAUGGCAUCUUGGCCGUGUCACCGAUAUCGUUAGAGGACCAGAUAACAACAUACGUAUCGUUAAUGUUCGCACCAAGGACGGAAUCUACAAACGAGGAAUUACCAAGAUAUGCGUUCUUCCUAUAAGGGACAACGCGAUGUCGACGAAUGGCGGGCUGUAG